AUGAGUUCAUCAUCUGCAAAAGGGGUGCACAAGCCGUUCAGAGUGCCAAAGUCGAUGCCAGACGGCGUCCACAAGCGGAAACUCGAGAAGAUCAAGAAGACGCUCACGCACAAUGCUGAAGUGAAACGAUCGUACAGAAAGACGCUGAAGAAGAUGGGUCUCGAAGUCCCAGUCGACCCGCGCCGAGCUGCUGCUGCAACCAGUACCGACGCUGCUACUUCCAGCGACGAGAAUGACAAGGAAGUCAAAGACGAAGUAGAUGCCGACAAAGAAGACAAGGAGCAAGAGCCCGCUCAAACAGACGACGACUCUCACAAGUUGCACGAAGAACGCAAGCGAAAGCUCUCGAGAUUCAAGAGGGAAGAGGCCAAGGCGGCUGAGGUGCGCGCUGAGCGCGAGGCCCGGCAACGGGAGCAGCAGAGACGCGCUGCGGAGCGGAAGGAGAAACUUGCUGUCAGGGAGCGGCAUAAGAAGAAGAUGAUGCAGUACACGCAGCGUGGUCAGCCGAAACUGGGUCCUAAGGUCGAUGUUUUGCUGGAUCGCAUCCGAAAGCAGACUGCUGCUACGAGUUAA